AAGAAGAAGAAGAAGAAGAAGAAGAAGAAGAAGAAGAAGAAGAAGAAGAAGAAGAAGAAGAAGAAGAAGAAGAAGAAGAAGAAGAAGAAGAAGAAGAAGAAGAAGAAGAAGAAGAAGAAGAAGAAGAAGAAGAAGAAGAAGAAGAAGAAGAAGAAGAAGAAGAAGAAGAAGAAGAAGAAGAAGAAGAAGAAGAAGAAGAAGAAGAAGAAGAAAGAAGAAGAAGAAGAAGAAGAAGAAGAAGAAGAAGAAGAAGAAGAAGAAGAAGAAGAAGAAGAAGAAGAAGAAGAAGAAGAAGAAGAAGAAGAAGAAGAAGAAGAAGAAGAAGAAGAAGAAGAAGAAGAAGAAGAAGAAGAAGAAGAAGAAGAAGAAGAAGAAGAAGAAGAAGAAGAAGAAGAAGAAGAAGAAGAAGAAGAAGAAGAAGAAGAAGAAGAAGAAAAGAAGAAGAAGAAGAAGAAGAAGAAGAAGAAGAAGAAGAAGAAGAAGAAGAAGAAGAAGAAGAAGAAGAAGAAGAAGAAGAAGAAGGAAGAAGAAGAAGAAGAAGAAGAAGAAGAAGAAGAAGAAGAAGAAGAAGAAGAAGAAGAAGAAGAAGAAGAAGAAGAAGAAGAAGAAGAAGAAGAAGAAGAAGAAGAAGAAGAAGAAGAAGAAGAAGAAGAAGAAGAAGAAGAAGAAGAAGAAGAAGAAGAAGAAGAAGAAGAAGAAGAAGAAGAAGAAGAAGAAGAAGAAGAAGAAGAAGAAGAAGAAGAAGAAGAAGAAGAAGAAGAAGAAGAAGAAGAAGAAGAAGAAGAAGAAGAAGAAGAAGAAGAAGAAGAAGAAGAAGAAGAAGAAGAAGAAGAAGAAGAAGAAGAAGAAGAAGAAGAAGAAGAAGAAGAAGAAGAAGAAGAAGAAGAAGAAGAAGAAGAAGAAGAAGAAGAAGAA